UAAUUUAAAUAAUUUAGAGUCCCGAUGGUGCCGAUCAACACUUCAAACCACUUGGAGGCGAUAUUUCGUUUUUCGCCAAAACACAUCAAGAAAUAGUAGAAGAAGUGUCCGCUGCUUAGCAACAAACAUUAGCGAGCUAGCCAUAGACAGUAAAGUACAUUAAGGAGCUAGCCAGUUGCCUGGUUAGUAUGCGCAACGUAGUUAGCUGAGACGAAGGCUCGCGGAUUGAUAGCAAUGCAUUUUCAUCAAGUAGCUAGCUAAAUGUCACAGAUUGUACUCAUAAAGCCGUUGGUAUUAAGCCUAUUGUCGACGUUAAUUAAACGUUACCUUUCGUUUUGAAGCGGAGAACAUUCGAUUUGUGCAGUCAUUAGCUAACGUUAGAUAUCAUUUACGUUACCAGGCGGAGCAGAAGGUUCUUUUCUCUGGAAAAAAGUGUAGCUAACCUUACGUUAGCUAGCUAGGUAACGAUAACCUUUACUACCGGAGUCACUAGCGUCUCCUCUUGCCGCAGAGAAGAGCAGAGGGAGGCUGUAGAUAUGUGAUUGUGGAUACGCUGGCUGGUUAGCUCAUCUAGCUAAUGUUGACGGACACUGGAUGAGUUGAAACGGGAUUUUACAGGUGUAUGUGUUUGUGUCACAUCACUGAAGCUACCCAGGCAGAGGGGAACUGAGUAAACCAGCCCGGCGUCGGCGCCAUGUUGGAGGAGGACAUGGAAGUGGCCAUCAAGGCGGUCGUGGUGGGAAAUGGAGCCGUCGGGAAGUCCAGUAUGAUCCAACGCUACUGCAAGGGCAUCUUCACUAAGGACUACAAAAAGACCAUUGGAGUGGACUUCCUGGAAAGGCAGAUACUUGUAAAUGACGAAGAGGUCCGACUAAUGCUGUGGGACACCGCUGGACAGGAGGAGUUUGAUGCUAUUACUAAGGCCUACUACCGUGGCGCCCAGGCAUGUGUGCUAGUCUUCUCUACCACAGACAGGGAGUCGUUUCAGGCUAUUGACAGCUGGAGGGAGAAGGUGGAGGCAGAGGUCGGAGACAUUCCCACAGUUCUAGUGCAGAACAAAAUUGACCUCCUGGAAGAGACCCUUAUAAAAAACGAGGAGGCAGAAGCUUUGGCUAAAAGACUCAAGCUGAGAUUUUAUCGAGCUUCAGUAAAAGAGGACCUAAAUGUCAACGAGGUUUUUAAGUACUUAGCUGAGAAGUAUCUUCAGCGACUCAAACAGCAAACGGCGGAGGAGACCGAGGUACUCCAUACAACAAGCAAUAAAAUAGGUGUUUUUAAUACCACAAGUAGUAACGUCUGCAACCAGAGCUCCAGCAACGGAAGAGAAGUCAUCACUUUGCGACCUAACAAACAAAGGACCAAGAAGAGUAAAAAUCCUUUUGGAAGCUGCAGCCUACUCUAGAUAAAAAUCCUUUAGCUUUAGUGACUGACUAUUGUUUCAAAUUGGUCAUUGUUGUAUUUUGUGGAGGUAGCCACAUUUAGAGACCAAAGCCCAAACAGACUGGGAAAUACUACCCUAUACUACUUUAAUAACCUAAUGUUUAACCUGUAUCCUAAGUCGUUUCCCCACAUUGAUGGUUGGAUUUUCUUUGAUUCAGCCUUGGAUCUCCAUCAAUGAUCUGCACACAAAACCUGUCUUUGUGGGUUGCCUUAAGUAACAGCAACAGCUGCAGCUACAGUACAUGUGUGCUGCUUAGAUAUGACUUGAAACACAGUCCUCUUAUCAAAUAUAAGGGAA